UACAAGGUUUUCCUUAAUAAUCAUACAGCUGAUGGUGAGGUAAGGUACAUAGCACUGCCAGGCACUACACCCCAUUUGGAGGUACUCUUGUUCAUAAUAGUAUUUUUAGGCACAAAAGUGUGUGUAUGUGAGAGAGAGAGAUGAAAGAGAUUUCCAGAAGUGAUAAUUCUUGAUAUCGGGAUAUACAAAGAUAUAAACAUCCUGUUUACUGAGGAAACCAUCAUCCUGCAACUAGUACCAUGCAGUGUGUCUGGUGCCACAGCUUCAUAAACUCUACAUAGCGCAUCUCAUCACCCACUGGAUGAAGGCCUCCCUGCUAUAUUUUGCUCUUAUAACUGCUGUACUCCACCUGUGUUCUGCUGGGUCUCUUAUACCAGAGCCAUGUUCAAUCCACCUGCAGAAUAGCGGACCACCAUCCACGAUUGCCUUACGCUUUGGUGGAGAUUACACAAUUAAUUUUUCCACUUAUGGCUAUGAAACAGACUUGCAGCUUAUCAAAACUAAGCAUGCUAUCACUGUCAAUUCUCUGUCUGCCAAUAAAACAAUUUUUGACGAAUUAAACCCAAGCAACUGCUCAAGACAGUGUACAUAUAUGAAGUUCUUGUUCAAAGGACAAACCUUAGAAGCUAAAAUAUGGUGCAAUGGAUGGGAAGUGCAGUUUUCAAACUUUUAUCGGUUAAUUAAAGAAAGAAAUAUAAUUCUGGAAUUGAGCUAUGUGAGUGGAGAAGUGAACAUUUGUGAAGGAUAUGAACAAUACGACCCCCAGAAAUGUGUGCCUAUGGUUCAGAAAUACAACACUAUUCAAAUCUUAAUCCUAGGUGUCAGUUCCUUGAUGAUGUUGACAGUGGUGUGCGCUGGACUGUACAUGGGUAACCACAAGUACGGCUGGCGGGUCAAACUUCAGCGAAGGACCACUUGGAGGCUGGGUAGGCACAGUCUCCUAACACUACGAUUUUCAGCCUCCACCACCCACACUAAUGAGGACAGCCCUGUUAAUAUGAGCACAAUGAUCUCUGGAAACAUGAGCGAAAAUAGAUUUGCUUACAGAAAUGCUGGAGUUUCUACUGCCCCGGGGGGCGUGUCCAUCAACACUGCGAACUAUGCCUCUGAAGGCUCUGCGAACCUUAGUAAUAUAGUGAUCCCGAAUGUUCAUCAGAACACUUCGGCGAGUGGAAGAUGCUUGGCAAAAGGAGUUCGGGAGAAAACCCCAGAAGAUCAUAAUGAGUCAGGUAGUGUGAAAAGGUCACCCUGCAAGGCCAGAGGCAAGACACAUCAGGCAAAAUCAUUACAAGAGGAAGAUAAAAGUACUUCCAAAAGCAGGUUAUCUCAAGUAAAUAAGCUGUGGAGAAAUGGCAGGUCAUUUUCUCAGAGCAAGUCACCUGCUGAAAUCAGAUCAGCUCAUAAAACCAAAUUGAAUACAGAAAGCAGGACAACUCGUAAAGAGGUGCUAAGUUACCCUUACAAGUCUCCUGAUGAAAUAAAAUCAAGUUCAAGUCAAGGAUCUAUGUCAUCAAACAUGAAACCUCCAGCCCCACUUCCCAAGGAACAUGUCCAGCAUAAGCACACACGAAGUCCAGUGUUGGAGGAACAAGACCAUCCAUACCCACGAAGUCAAAUGUCAGAGGAACAAGACCAUCCACACACACGAAGACCAGUGUCAGAAGAACAAGACCAUCCCCACACACGAAGACCAGUGUCAGAAGAACAAGACCAUCCACACACACGAAGAUCAGUGUCAGAAGAACAAGACCAUCCAUACACACGAAGACCAGUGUCAGAACAACAAGACCAUCCAUACACACGAAGUCCAGUGUUGGAGGAACAAGACCAUCCACACACACGAAGUCCAGUGUUGGGGGAGCAAGACCGUCCACACACAUCAAGACUAGUGUUGGGGGAACAGAAGAACAGUAUAUAUGGGAGCAUUUGGCAGAGGAAUAGUGUAAAUACAGCCUCUCCUCACUAAGCGACGGAGUACCAUUCCUAAGACCACGCUGGUAAACGAAUUUGUUGCUAAGUGAGGAGCAUACUAUAAUGGUAGUGGGUUUGUGUCAACCAUCUUUGAUAUUGUUUUAAUGUCACCUUUGCACCAUUUAUAACAUUUUUAGUAUAUUUUUAUACAUUUAUAGAGUAGUGUACUGUAUAUUGUAAUAUACAGAAUAAAGGAUAUCAGCUCUAAUAUACAUUAUUUAGGCAUGCAUACUGGUUAGAAAGCCUGUCGUAAGUCCGAGUUGUCAGUAAACAAGC